AUGGCCAGCUUCUCCUCCAUCAAAUACACACCCGCCGAGGAAACCGAGCUCAAGCAAUGGACGCUCACUUCUGAGCGCCUCAAGACCUCCAGCUCCGAAACCCCCUCUCUCCUCGAUUCUCUCAACACUCAUUUAGCAUCUCGCACCACUCUGCUCGGCUCCAAGCCUUCGUCUGCCGAUAUCGCUAUCUACGAGAGUUUGGCACCGCAGGUCGCAAAAUGGAGCAGCGAGGAACGAACGGGUGAGAAGGGCCAUCCUAAUAUUGUGCGCCAUGUGGAUUUUGUGCAGAAUUCGCCGAUUUUUGGACUAAACAUUGAGGAAGAGAAGAAAGUUAAGGUUGAUGCUGAGGAGAUCUUAUAUGUUAAGCCUCCUGUUGAUGCCAAGGCCGAGAAGGAGCGAUUGAAGAAGGAGAAAGCUGCCGCUGCUGCUGCCGCCGCAGGAGGUGAACAAAAGGAGUUGGCAGAUCGAACCAAGGAAAAGAGCGACAAGGGAGUUGUAGCUCAAGUCGCCGAGAAGGUUGCAGAGGCAAAAGAUACAAUUGUUGCUGCUGUCACUGGCGAACAACCACAAUUUCCCAGACAAAAGAAGGAGAAGAAAGAGAAGGCUCCCAAACCUCAAAAGGCUCCUGCUCCAUCUGCCCCUCUUUCUCCAUGUUUGAUCGAUCUCCGUGUUGGACACAUCCUCAAAGCGAUCAAGCAUCCCGAGGCCGACUCUCUAUUUGUCUCCACCAUUGCUAUGGGUGACAAGCCCGGAACCGAUGAUACAUCUGAAUACGAAGGACAAGUUGUGCGAACUGUCUGCUCUGGUCUUAAUGGUCUCGUUCCUCUCGAGGAAAUGCAAGGUCGCAAGGUAGUAGUUGUGUGCAAUCUCAAACCCGUCAAGAUGCGUGGUAUUAAAUCAUGCGCCAUGGUCUUAGCCGCCUCUCCCAGACUCAAGGAAGGAGAAGAAGAUCACCACGCCGGCCCAGUCGAACUCGUUACUCCUCCAGCUGAAGCAAAGGCUGGUGAGCGAGUUUUCUUCGAGGGAUGGCAGGGAGAACCCGAGGGUGUUUUGAACCCAAAGAAGAAGGUUUGGGAGAUGAUCCAACCUGGUUUCACCACAACUGCAGAUUUAGAAGCUGCUUUUGACGCGGGUGUUGUAAAGGAGUUGAGUAAGGAAGGAGAGGAUGCCAAGACUAGCGUUGGAAAAUUGGUUACUGUGAGUGGUGGUGUUUGCAAGGUCAAGUCUUUGGCUGGAGCUAUCAUUAGAUAA